AUGGAGAUAAGCCACUCUCCAAAGAAGCAGUGGUCAUCCAGUGGCAGGCCAGUGGCCUACUCCAAGGACAAGGGAGACAUGCGCUGGUAUCAGAUUCCGCUCUCAUCCACCCGAAAACCUGUCUCAGGCAUCUUUAGCAACCGCUUCCAGACCAGCCUGCAGGAGUACCAGCAGCUGAGGAGGAUGAAGAGGAUGAAGAUUGGCAAACCCUUCUUCUGCCUUCCUACUCCUGCCCCCAGUCAGGGGCAGCCUCAUGAGGGUGCCUGGGCACUGGACAAAACUGCCAAUGAGUUGCAGAUGGCCAGGCCACAGAAGACCAUGCCAGCCCUUCCUCCAAAAACAGGGGUCCAGGCUGCCUCCAACAUGCCCAUCCUAUUGCCAACCCUGAAGCAAAGCUUCUUUGACCAUCCUCUGCAUCGAGGGUUCUUGCACCCCAUCCGACACCUCUGUAGGCCCCCAUUGGCGCUGACUCACAACUCACCAAAGAAGGCAAAGAUACAGGUGUCUGGGGACAUGUUCCCUGUUGACUGGAGCCCACCACCUGUAGAAUUCCUGAACCCGAAGCCUCCACAAUCCACCCAGGGAACUCCAACCCAAGCACAGGUGAGUGUGACAGAGCCUCAGGGCCUGAGAAAUGGGAUCCACCAGCAGUCCAAGGAGUAGAAGCAGAAGCCCCUAAGUUCGGAUUCUGAAGAAGCUCGGCUGUCACUGAAGGAACUAUUUUGGAACUUGCCAGGCUUGAGCCAGCAGGUCACAUCCCCGCGAGGCAAUUGGAGGAGCUCAGAAAGCUAUGUCAAUAGCUUAGAUUACUUACUGCAGGAGAAAAAGGAACAGUCUCUGGAGCAGGAGUGGGAGAAUCUGCUUCUACAGGAUUAUCCCAACCUUCACUCAUUGGAUCUCAAUGAAGAUGAAGUGGCUCUCACACCUGAGCACAGGAUGCUGGUGGAAAGGUUCUCUGUGUCGAAACACGUCAUCCCGCAGAUCCACCCAGGAGAGAUUGUGUUUGUGCCCAGGCGUCAUCCCCAACAGUGUGUCUUGGACUGCUCACAAUUGAAGCCUCAUAGCCACCUAGAAGGCCUAUUUCUCAGCUCUUCACCGGCCCAGCAGCUUGCCUUCCUUCACAGGGGCCUCCUGAGCAACCUCUACCUGCACACCACCUACUGCCCCGUUCCCCUGCUGCAGUGGCUGUUUCAGCUGCUGACUUGGCCUUCAGAAACUUCUUCAGAAGCCUUUGGUCUCCUGUGGGAUGUCAGUGUGGAUAGGCUCUUCAGUCCAUCCGAUGAAAAAGACAUUUGUAUGUGGUGCCCCACGUUGCAAGAGAUCGUCGCAGUGUUUCACAGCUUGGGAGCCCAGAGCCCUGCUGGGGACCCCACGGGCCUCUGUCAGCAUGGCAGGAGACUGCUUAAAAGUGAAGCUAAUGUCAGCUGGAGGGAGCCUCAGACUGAGCCCCAGGAGAUGGCCUUGGACACUAGCCUCAGCUACAUUUGUAAGUUCCUGACACUGUGUGUCCUCGCCCAGCCAGGGGCCUACACCGAUGACCACCUCUUGGACCUGAUUAAGCUGCUGUGCCAAGCUGGCCUGGAUGUGGGGCUCCGCAUGCAGCCCAAGACAGAUCUCCAGCAGCUCCUGCUCCUGUUACUGGAGAGCAUUGGGGAGUGGCCGGGGAAGCUCCAGCCUCUGUGCCGUGCCCUAAGCUGGGUAUCUGACCAUCAUCACAACCUGCUGACUCUCGUGCAGUUCUUCCUGGAUGUGACAGCGCGAAGCAGGCAACUUCGAAGCCAACUCAGUCUCAUCAUCAUUGCCCAGAUGCUGGGCCAGCAAGAGACGCUCCCUCUCUGGCAAAAGAGUACCCAGCUGUCUUCACUCAGACGGCUGCUGAGCCUCGUGAGGCCAUCAUCCCUCAAGCAGUGCUUGAGCUCCAACCCUGGUACCUCAACACCCUGCCAGGAGCAGCAGUCAAAGGCCAGUGCUGAACUUGACCACAAGGUCUGCUACCUGUGCCACAGCCUGCUGACACUGGCUGGGAUUGUAGUCAGCUGCCAGGACAUCACUCCAGACCAGUGGGGUGAGCUGCAGCUGUUGUGCAUACAGUUGGAUCGCCACAUCAGCACCCAUAUCCGGGAGAGCCCCCAGGUCAUGCACCGGACCAAGCUCAAGGACCUGGCCACCCAGACCUACAUCCGCUGGCAGGAGCUGCUGGCCCGCUGCCAGCCCCAGGUGAUACUGGCGGUGGUUCGCCAGCGUUCGUCCCUCAAACCAGAGGUUGAGACCUUCAACCCCAUCCCCGACCCCGGCAAUCCGUCCUCCCGGAGACACUUCGAAAAGACCAGACCGCGACUCGGAGGUUCUGGGCUGCUGGGCACCGAAUGGGGCUGGGGUCCGAGCCCCGUGGCUGGAGAGCCGGCGAUCCCGCAGGUCGUGCCGGGUCGCAGCCCCCUCCUGGGCGGGUCCUCCCGUCCCGCCCCCAGCCUCCUCUAG